GUAUUGGAAAAAAAAAAAAAAAUCAUCUAGAGUUGUGUACGAAGGUGGGUACGUUUCCUAGGCUUUUUCUCUUCCCUGUAAGGCUUCGGAUACAUCUACAUCCAAACACCCCCUCGAUAAAGUCUCCGUUCGUAUCCCACCGGAGAAACCUCUCGCUCUCUUCCCAGAUCACCUCUCUCUCUCUCUCUCUCUCAAAAUGGCCUCCUCCCUCUUCACCGGCUUCAAAUACUCCGACAGCCUCACCGUCGUCUGCAUCUCCCUCUUUACCGCCUUACUCUGCGAAGCCAUCUCCUGGCUCCUCAUCUACCGCACCACCUCCUACAAAUCCCUCAAGUCCUCCAUCGACAAAGCCUCCAAAAAGCUCGAAACCAUGAAGACCGACACCCCAACCAACCCCUCCUCCAAACCCCUCCUCAAAAAAUCCAAGACCAAGAAAAUCGACCGCGUCGAGUCCUCCCUCAAGGAGUCCUCCCGUGACCUCUCCCUCUUCAAGUUCAAGUCCGGCGCCGUCGUCGCGCUCGUCCUCUUCGUUGUCUUCGGAUUGCUGAAUUCGCUGUUCGAGGGGAAGGCGGUGGCCAAGAUACCGUUUGUCCCGAUUCGGUUGGUGCAGAAGAUGAGUCAUAGGGGGUUGCAGGGGGAGGACAUGACGGAUUGCUCGAUGGCUUUUCUCUACUUCUUGUGCUCGAUUAGUAUUAGGACGAACUUGCAGAAGUUUCUGGGGUUUUCGCCGCCGAGAGGGGCUGUUGGGGGCGGGCUCUUCCCCGUGCCCGAUCCGAAAACCAGUUGAUCGGGUCGGAUCCGAUGAUCUGCGUUUGGAGUAAAUAUUCAAUGCCCCUGGCGUGUCAUCACGUGGUGCCGCAGGCCCUUUCCCACUGCAUAUUGCAGUGGGAUCCACACACCUUGCCUUGGGUCCCACCGCACAUUGUGGCGGGGAAAGGCCUGGGCACCACAUGGCUGUGGCCAAGGGCAUAGGAUAAUUUUUCCGACUUUUGGUUCUGUAGCUUGUUGUUUUUGAGUAAUGCUACCAUAGCAACUUUAAAACAUAACUUUGCAUACGACUGUGGUUUAAAGUUGUGUUUCUAGUACUUUUUUUUCAUUCUUUAACUUAGUUUUGGUACAAGCAAUGAUAUGGACAUGUAUUUUAAACAUGAUUCGAGGGCAGCUGUGUUCGAAGCGGAUCGAUGCUCAUGAGCUCACGUGUAUCGAAUUGUUUUGGAUACAGUUGGGUCAGGAGUCGUGUUUUAAAGCUGUGUUGCUGGACUUUUUAUUUUGAUAUUGGUUGUGGAUUUUAUAAUGGCUACUUGAAUGGUUUUGAUGCAAA